AAACUAACUUUACCUCGCUCGGAAAGCAGGACACUUUUAAACAAUCUCCAUCGACCAUCUGUAUUACAUUAACAGCUCUACACAAACAUGUCGAGGAUAUUGUUGUUGGCUCUGUUACUUCUGGACGGUGUGUUUAGUGCAGAAACCGAUGAGACAAUGUCAGUGAUGGAAGGAGAUUCUGUCACUCUACACACUAAUCUUAGUCAAAUACAGAACGAUGAUACAAUACUAUGGUUAUUUGGGCCUAAAGGCGUUGUCAUUUCUCAAAUAACGAGAAAGAGUGACUUUACCUCAUUUUUUGUCACUGAUGAUGAGAGUUUCAAAGGUAGAUUGCAGGUGGAUCAAAACACUGGCUCUCUCACCAUCAGAAACACUAGAAAGAGACACUCGGGACAAUAUAAACUUACACUCUCUAGUGAAAAGAUCACAUCCAGGAUAUUUAGUGUGGAUGUCUUUGGUGUGGUUGGUGAGACGGGUGGAGUGAAGUCAGUAUCAGUGAUGGAGGGAGAUUCUGUCACUCUACAAAAUGAUGUUACUGAAUUACAGGAGGAUGAUCUGAUAGUAUGGAGGUUUGGAGAUAAAGGCAUCCUCCUGGCUAAUAUUGAUGUAGAAACGAACCAAGCCUCAAUAAACGCUGAUGAUGAGCGAUUCAUGAACAGACUACAGCUAGAUAAGACUGGAUCUUUGACCAUCAACAAAACCAGAACCGAACACGCGGGACUUUAUGAAGUACAGAUCAGAGGCCGUGAGAGCUCACAGCAAUUUCUUGUUUCUGUCAUUGCUAGGCCUGUUCCUGAUCCGGGUCCAUCUAAAGCUGUCACAGUUGGAAUACCUUUAGCUGUUCUGCUGGUGGUUGCAAUUUUAGCUGCAGUUGUGACUUACUUUAGAUGCAGGAUCUCUAAACUAAAAAAACAAGUGGCUGAAGAAAAGGUGGUGCCAGGGACAGAAGGGAGAUCUGUCCUUCUAGAGACUGAUACUGAACUACGGAAAGGUGAUGAGAUAAAGUGGUGGUUUGAGGAUCUCAACCUCAUUGAAUUCAGAAAAGAGACCAGUAGAAAAAAAGAUAAAGAAUGUGAUGUUGCUGAUGGGAGAUUUAGAAGCAAACUGGUGCUGAAUGAGAAUAAUGGGGAUCUUAUCAUCAAUAACAUCAGGACCAUUCACUCUGGACUCUACAAACUAGAGAUCAGACGCAAAAACGGAAGAACCAAAUACAUGAGAUUCAUUGUUACUGUCACUGUGAAGAAAGUGUCAGCGAAGGUUGGAGAAACUGUUACUUUAAACCCUGGUGUUGAAACAAUACAGAGAGGUGAUCUGAUUCUGUGGACGUUUGGAGCUAAAAACUGUCUCGUUGUUAAAGCCGAAUCAGGAAUGACUACUAUUAAUGAGAGGUUCGGAGACAGAUUGGAGCUGGAUCAUCAUACUGGAUCUCUGACCAUCACAAACACCACAGAUACAGACUUUGGACUUUUUCAACUACAGAUCAUCAACAAGGAACGGACCAGAUACAGGAGGUUCAAUGUGACUGCUUCUGUGAAUGAACUGACUGAAAAGGACACACUGAUGAGUUAGGAUGGUGUGGAUGAAGAGGACGAGCAGCAGGGAGUUCAGUUUAAUAAGACAAGCCCACCACUGUCAAUCACUGGGACAUCAUCAACAGUUUAGAUCAAUAACAUAUUUCUGCAUUUAUGAAAAGAAAGAAAUAAACCCAUGUGCUGUUGAGCUGUUAACCUAAUUUUUAGAAAAAAAUUUAAGGUCGGCGCUAAUGGCCUUGUGGGCAGCGCGCCAACAUUUAAUGCCGUUGUGCUUCAGGCAUCCUGAGCAGGCGCAGACUGGCCAUUGGGGAAACAAGGAGAAUUGAGACUGAAAAGGAAAAUGAAAGUGAAGGUGCAGUUCAGGAAAGAACUUUUAAUUAUUUUGCAUGUCACCAGCCUAAGGAUUUAAACUUUUUUUUUAUGUGAUGACCAUACAAAAAAUAGGGCUGUCUGUGUUUUAGAAUUGGUUGUGGGGGUAUGGGAUGGCCUGGAUGAGUGUGAGAUUUCCCAGCCUGAAAUUUUGUCCCAGUCUGCCCCUGAUCCCAAGUUUGAGUACUGGCUCGCGGACCUUUCCCGAUUUCAGCAAUUUCUGUAUUUCUGUAUUUCCGUUGUUGUCUAAACCAAUAAUGCUUUGUUGACUGACUUUGAGGAAGAGAGACCCAGCAAACACAGAACGUUCCCCUAACAUUCCCCUAUGGUUCCCGUUUGGUUAUUUUUUUGGG